ACUAGUUGGGGAUCUGUACUGUUAUCGCGAGAUUUUGAUUUCCUGUACCGGAAGUACGACGUCCGACCGCUGUUGUUGCUCUGUUCGGCUGAGUGGUUGUGUUUGGCCAAUUGAAGACGACGAAGUUGAAUGUUUACAGCAUUUACAUCUUAGGUGCAUUCAUAUAAAGAUGUCGGAGGACCUGGUGAAGCAGCUCGGCAGCUACAAAGCUCAGCUCCAGCAAGUUGAAGUCGCCUUGUCCACCGAUCCAGACAAUGACGACCUCCGCAAACUACAGAAAGACUUGCAGGAAGUCAUCGACUUGACAAAAGACCUCCUGGCCUCACAGCCCGCUGAAGCCGCUCCCAGUACUAAUGGCGCUCCGGCGGCGCCCGCCAAGCACAUCUGGAGAGUGGGGGACAAGUGUUUGGCCGUGUGGAGUCAGGACGGACAGGUGUACGACGCCGAGAUCGAGGAGGUGGACCACGAAAACAGCACGGCCGCCGUCACCUUCACCAGCUACGGCAACGCCGAAGUGAUCCCGCUGCAGAACCUCAAGUCGCGGGAGGACGGGGGGCACCUCGACGACGACCUGCUCGGCUUAAAGUCCAAGUCCAGGAAGGAGCAGAUUGCCGAGCAGCGAGAAUACAAGAAGAAGAAAGCACAGAAGAAGGUGCAGCGAAUGAAGGAACUGGAGCAGGAACGAGAGGACCAAAAGUCCAAGUGGCAGCAGUUCAACAACAAAGCCUACUCAAAGAACAAGAAAGGACAGGUCAAGAGAAGCAUAUUUGCAUCUCCCGAAAGCGUGAACGGCAAGGUGGGCGUGGGAACAUGCGGCAUCGCAGACAAACCCAUGACUCAGUACAACGACACAUCCAAAUACAACGUCAGACAUUUAAUGCCACAGUGACCCCCGCCCCCUCCAACUCCUGUAAAUACACUUAACCCUUUCAGCGGUGCAGCCAAUAUAAUAGUCUUUUCCAUUUUGUGCGUACACAACAAGAUCCACCUCCAUCACGUGACAGAGGAAUGACCGGAACACCGUUUGAAACGUCGAUGUAGUUUUCUUCAUAUCGUGCAGGUGUGACAAAUAGAAAGUAUGUUCGGAAUGAGGUCACAGGAAGUGUGAUCCCAAGCAAAGCCCUAAUUCCACAGCUCAACACUUCCAAGAACUGCUGUGUAUUUUUAUUUUGGAUGGAAGAACAUCAAUGGCGGCGUUGAUGCUUUUCAUUUCUGUAUUUAUAACAGGAAAAUAAAAGAUCGUGUUUUGUUUUGUUUAUUUUUGGCCUUUUAUAAAUGACUGCCUGCUCGUUA